AAAAACACCAAAAACUAAAAAUAGGAAAUUCCAAUGAGCACCACAUGAGGAGGGCCAUGGAAGCAACAAUAUUCACGGCAAAGAUUUGGGAAUUUGUGACCCCAUCAUACUUCAUCAUCUUCCCCUGACACCCCGCUUCAUUUUUACGCCAACUUUUUUUUUUUAUUAUUCGAAUCUCAUCUUCUCUAUUUCUCUCCUUCCCAUAAUUAUAUUUCUUUCUCACACCAAUCUUAAUUUCUCUCAUUCAUUUUCUCUGUCAUUUUUUUUUUCCUCCAUUAACAUAAAAGUUGAGUUCUUUUUUGUUUGAUCAAAAAAGAAGAAAAUGUCGUGGCAAACAUAUGUUGAUGAGCACUUAAUGUGUGAAAUUGAGGGGACUAACAAUCACCUCACAGCUGCUGCAAUUCUUGGCAUUGAUGGAAGUGUUUGGGCUCAGAGUUCUGCCUUCCCUCAGUUCAAGCCAGAUGAGAUAGCUGCUGUUGUGAAGGAUUUCGAUGAGCCCGGCACCCUUGCACCGACUGGCUUGCACCUUGGUGGCACAAAGUACAUGGUUAUUCAAGGUGAACCUGGGGCUGUUAUUCGUGGAAAGAAGGGCCCUGGUGGAAUUUGUGUUAAAAAGACUGGUCAGGCUUUGGUUAUCGGUCUCUAUGACGAGCCUGUUACUCCUGGUCAGUGCAACAUGAUUGUUGAAAGGCUGGGCGAUUAUCUCAUUGAUCAGGGCCUCUAAAUAUUUCGGUUCAUAUUUACAUAUUUGACAUACACAAGGAGCUUGGUGUGGAUUUGCUGCUCUAUAAAACCGGGAGAUUGGCGUUCUAUGUGAACUAUUCUUCUUUUAUGCUUUUUUUUUUUGGUCUUCUUCCCUUAGAAGGGGUUUAAGUUAGUUUCUUCUGGCAUAAGAUCUAUGACAGGAAAAGGUUUUGGUAUUUAUUGUAUGAAUUGUUUGCUGUGAUCAUGAUGUUUUUAAUGCUUAUGAUUCUGCACACAAUGUCUUACUAUAAGUUUCUUAGGUACAUACUGCUGUGCAGAGUGGAAAAUUAAUGUCAUGAACUGGGUAAUUUUUAUCAUUUUUUUUGUCAAGACUCAAGAGUAUGGUCAAGGCAGAUUUGAUCAAAACAGCAGCUCGUGUGUGGAAUAAUAUAAUUGCAAAUGGCAUAUGGUUCAAUGAUUGAGUA